AUGUCUCUCCUCGGCGUAUACAAGCACAUCCUGGAGGGACUGAAGUCGAAGCUCAGUGAGGCCACCCUUCGGGAGCUCGACGCUUCUCUAGAGCGGAUCACACAGUACAGCAGGCAGUCGUUCUUUCGAAUUCCGGCACACACUGCUGGCUACUUCAGCGGCCAUAACACCUUCAAGGCGUUUCAUCACCAGGCAGUGAUGCAGGUGCUGCCAGCGCUUCUAGUGAUGGCGAAAGUGGAAGAGAGGACAAUUCGAGCAGUGGAGCUGUACUGCACGUGGCACAGGGAGGCAUGGCAUCGCACGUACCACACCGACGCCUCCCUGGCGAACCUUGACGAGAUGGCGAAAACGCUUGUACCGAUGCUGAUGGACGAGUUCACAGUGGACGAUCAAGCAUCGAAUUUCAACGUGCCCAAGAUUCACGCGAUGCUGCACGUCACUGACGACAUCAGGCAGCGGGGCGUUCCGAUUCACUACUGCACCGAUGUCUACGAGCACGUGCACGUGGCAUUGAUGAAGAGACCAUACCGAGCUUCGAACAAGAGGAACGCCGAAGCAUCGAUCACACGGCGUUGCCUUGUAUCAGAGCUGGUGGAGUGGAUGAGCGCCAAAGAUGAGGUUCCUGAUGCUCAAGAACGCUCAGCCGCCCUUCAGCAGGUGAGCUAUGGUUCAAUGAACGCCUGCACUUGUAAUGUCGAUGUUCCACCAUACGGCUACGAUGCGAUGGAGACGGGAAUUUCUACUGUCACAGGAACGACAAUGAGGUUUCUAUUGGGCGACGAGCGAAACAAGAACUACCUGGCAUACGUGAUGAGCGUCCCAGGCGAGUUUGACCUUCUGGAGGAAAGUAUUGUGUCAUACCUCAAAGAGCUGCACGGCGACGAUGAGGUAGAAUAUGCGAGGAUGAUACAGGUGCAUGCCGGUGUUGCGGUACCGCCCGACGACGACUUCACCAGGGCGCAAGGUCGUCCGUAUGCAACUGAAGCCGCCAGGUUCGAUGAGGAAGCGCGCGCCGAACCAGAUGUGAACGAGGAGCUGCGAUCUGAGAAGGAGAAGGCGAAAGCGAUUGCUGGUGUUUAUCAGAAGGAGAACGGACGCCUCGCCGACGACCUGAAAAGCGCUCUCGUCCUCUUAACGCACCUUGCUAAGAAGGUCCAGCAAGUGGACCAGUCUGCUCUCGACUGGAAGAAAUACAUCAAGGAAGCGUGCGACGACUUUCUGUUCAAGAGGGUGACGCUCAACCUAAACCCUGACGUUGAAGCCAUGCUCAAUGCUUUAAUUGGCUGGCUGGCCGAAGGACUGCAAGUGGCUGUGUUUGCCAAGUCCCAGGGCAAGCUCAAGGAUGCGAGCGAGCGGUUUAACGACCGUAUUGGUAAGAUAUACCGAUUCUGCCGCUGUUACGCUUUGAGCAGGGAGCCGUGCAUCUUCAUGCGAGAGAAGCGCACCGCGAAGGGCGAGCUCACCUUCGCUGAGCUUGAUGACUUCGAAAAGCUGUGCGCGAACUACGUGAAAAACAACUCCGACAGUAAGUCUGUGACGAAUUGCACAAUAAUACCCCCGGCGUUUAUCAAGUGCGCAACCCUGUGGGACCCCGAAUUUGACGGAACGUUUCCCAUUCCCUUGUUUUCGGAUCAGCUGCUUGUUAUCCUUGCAGCGGUGCGAUUCAAGCUUCGUUAUCCGCACAGCAAAGCCCAGUUUAAGCGGUCAGGGGACCCGGCAGCUUUUUCAAGGCAGGCACGGGUGGUGCAGCGUUGGAUCAAUGAGACUGAGGUUAUUCGUGACGGGGACUGUGUUGGCAUUGGGAAGAUCUGCAUUGUAAGAUGGCGGGAGAUCCCUGAAGCCGAGCUGGAAGCGGAUGAGCUGGGUGAUUUGACCCUUGAAGAGGUCACCUCCCGGGCCUCUUAUCGCAGGGUCUACAACGAGAAUGAGGUGCAGAAGGAGAUGUUCUAG